AUGCCGUGCUGCCACAGAGGCAGAGCUAAACCAGGGAGGGUAAGACCUAGCACUUGGACAAGUGCGGAAUCUGAAGCUACACCAGCUCUCACUGUCCCUCUUAAUUUCAUCCCAGGCGGAGUGGCCCUGCUGCCUGCCCCACAGAACUUAACUGUACUGUCAACCAACAUGAAACAUCUCCUGAUGUGGAGUCCAGUGGCCCAGCCCAGGGAGACAGUGUCCUAUUCUGUGGAGUACCAAGGGGAGUACGAGAGCCUGUACACGAGCCACCUCUGGAUCCCCAGCAGCCGGUGUUCACCGACCGACAGUCUGGAGUGCGACGUCACUGAUGACAUCACUGCCACAGUACCAUAUAACUUCAGGGUCAGGGCCAUGCUGGGCUCACAGACUUCAGCCUGGAGCACUCUGGAGCCCCCCUUUAAUCGAAACUCAACGGUCCUCAUCCCACCCAGGAUGGUGGUCACUGAAUACGGCUUGCAUCUGGUUAUUAAGCUGGAAGACCUGGGGCCCCUGUUUGAGUUCCUUGUGUUCUACUGGAGGAAGGAGCCUGAUGCCACGGAGCAUUUUAAGGUGGUAAAGAGUGGGGACAGUCCACUGCACCUAGGAACCAUGGAACCAGGGGCCACGUACUGUGUGAAGGCGCAGGCUCGGGUGAAUGCCAUUGGGAGGCACAGUGCCUUCAGCCAGACUCGGUGUGUGAAGAUGCAAGGAGAGUCCCUCCCGCUGGCCCUGGCGCUGGCCGCAUUUGUUGGCUUCAUGCUGGUUCUCAUGGGUGUACUGUUCUCCAUCUGGAAGAUGGGCCAGCUGCUCCGCUACUCUUGCUGCCCAUCUGUAGUCCUCCCUGACACCUUGAAAAUCACCAGUUCGUCUCAGAAGCUGAUCAGCUGCAGGCAGGAAGAAGAGGUGGACACCUGCGCUGUGGCCCCGCUGUCCUCGGAGCAUCUUUUCGGGGUCUGGUUGCUCCAACACUGCAAAUGAGACUGGGUGAUUGCCA